AUGAUUGUCUUGUAGGAUAUGUGGAUGCGCCAGUAAAUGACUUUUCAUACGUGACUGUCUGACAGGCGCUGGUGUGAACGGACAGUGCAGACGAUGGGGGAAGAGGUUGUCACCCCCCGGAGGGAGCAGGAGGUGCCAUGUUCCAGCCUCUAUCAGUACAACAUGGAAGGAUGGAGACUGGACCAGGAGAAGAUGAGGCUACAAUAUGGCGGAGCCGGCAUGUGCUUUAUAUACAGGCCACAGUACACCAGACCAACUGUUCAGAACCAGACAAUAAGGGCGUGCUGCGAGGGCUGGACGGGUGAGGACUGCACACGAGGAGUUGGAUUCUUGGGGCAGUGCUUCUCCACCUGGAACUGUCAGGAUAUCAGGGACCCUCAAAAUGUGACCCUCAUGAGUAUGGAGGAGUGCUGCCUUCACCCCUGGGGCCACAGCUGGAAGAACAUCACCUCCGAGCUGUGCUUUAGCUGUUCCUAUGCAUCACCUACUGCAGAUCUACCAUCUCCUUUCCUGAUGAGUCCAUAUCUCUCCACCGCCCUGAUCGGGGGGUCUGUACAUAAGCACCGACUCUUCGCCACCUGUGUGACGUGGGGCAGCUUCCACUACCGGACGUUUGACGGGAAGCAUUAUAACUUCCAUGGAGAUUGCAUGUAUAACCUGGCGUCCUCCACUGAUGCCAACUGGGCCGUGCUUGUCUCCGGAGAACCCUGCACUACAGCUAGACUCUGCCCCAAGGUUCUUAAGAUGAUCUUUGGGUUGGACCAGGUGGUGGUGAAGGGCCGGUCGGUCAUGGUGAAUGAUGUCAUUGUACCAUACGAAGACCCCCAUCUCCAAAAUGGUAUCAGCAUCCUCUGGCUCGGAGAUUUCGUCUUCAUAGAGAGUGGUCUGGGAGUCAGGGUGAAGUUUGAUGGAGGCAACAACAUUUACGUGACCGUGAACUCCGACCUUCAGGGAAGAACUAAAGGCCUAUGUGGCACUUACAAUGAGCACACAGAAGAUGACUUCACCCAGGCUGGAGGUGCUGUGUCUCUGAAUGCUGCUGGAUUUGGGAAUUCCUGGAAGGUCCAGGACAUCGGCACUAGGCACACGUGUUCUGACGUUCCUGAGUUGGGUCACAGCUGUGAUCUUCCUGGACGAGACGCCCUCAAGAUGGAGGCAGAGGUUACAUGUAGAAAGCUCUUAAGCGCCCCCUUCAGUCACUGUCACCACAAGGUGGACCCCAGUGGGUUCUAUGACACAUGUUUGUACACCUAUUGUCACAACACGGGACAGAACAAGACCUCCUCCGUGUGUCCAACAUUUGCCAGCUACGCCCGGGAAUGUUCUCAGCAGAAGAUCACCAUCACUUGGCGCAAGGCUGGCUUCUGUGAGAAGGAAUGUCUUCUGGGCAAGCAGUACUCAGACUGUGUGUCAGCCUGCCCGGCCAGCUGCGCCUCAGUGGGAAGCUAUGAUGACGGUCAGUGCCGUGAGGAGUGUGUCAGUGGCUGUGAGUGCCCGGCCGGCCUGUACCUUGAGGAUGGACGGUGUGUGAGGGAGGAGGACUGUCCAUGUUACCACAGAAGACAGAGAUACUCUGCGGGAGCAGUCAUUAAGCAGAGGUGUAACCAAUGCACAUGUGGUGGUGGACGAUGGCGGUGUUCUCAGGACAGAUGUGCAGCUGAGUGCUCCAUGGUGGGAGAUGCGCACUAUGUAACCUUCGAUCGCAGGAGGUUUUCCUUUCAUGGCUCGUGUGAAUACAUCCUGGUUCAGGAUUAUGUGGAUGGAAAACUCCUCAUCUCUGGGAAUAAUGAAGACUGCAGCAGUCAAGAGUCUGUCACCUGCGUCCGAGCCAUCACCAUAACUGUCUACAAGACGUCGGCCACACUCAGAUCAUCAGGUGACCCCAUGGUGGAUGGGCAUGUGGUGACCCUUCCAUUUCUCAGCCCUGAUCUAUCCAUCAGACGUGUCUCCUCCACCCACCUUCUCCUCCAGACAUUCGGAGCUCACAUCCUUUGGAACAUGGAGUUUCCAGCCGUUUACAUUACACUGCAGCCAAUAUUUAGCAAUAAGGUGCGGGGUCUGUGCGGGACGUACAACUGGAACCAGAACGACGAUUUCACCACACCCCAGGGCGACACUGAGAGCAGCUCCUCCGACUUUGCCAAUAAGUUCAAGGUGUCUGCUGAGUGUCCAGACGUGGGGCCCCGGAGCUCUGACCCCUGCGGGACGUACACUCAGCGCGGGGAGUUUGCAGAGGAAGUGUGCGCUCUGAUAUCAGGACCCGUGUUUCAGUCUUGUCAUGAUCUCGUGGACUGGAGACCCUUUCAUCAGCUUUGCCUCUUUGACGUCUGUGGCUGUUCCUCCGGCAAGAACUGUCUGUGCAGCGCUGUAUCUGCCUACGGCAGGCAGUGUGCCCAGGAGGGGUCGGUGGUGCCCUGGAGGAAUGAGACCUUGUGCGCGGCUCAGUGCUCUGGGGGACAGGUCUACAUGGAAUGUGCUCCUCUCUGUAUGAAGACAUGUGCUGACCUUCGUAUGGCAGAUUCUGGAUCCUGCCAGGAGCUGGGUGGCUGUGUGUCUGGAUGUAACUGUCCAGAGGGUCUGGUGCUGGAUGACAGCGGACAAUGUGUCCGUCCUUCAAUGUGUCCGUGUCAUCAUGGAGGGCACACCUAUCAACCUGGGAGCACCAUCAAACAUAAGUGCAAAGACUGUGUCUGUGUAAAUGGUUUAUGGAACUGUACAGAGCACAGAUGCCCAGAGGUGGCGUUCUGCCCGGGUGAUUUGGUCUAUAAAUUUGGGGCCUGUCUGCUCACCUGUGAAAACCUGGAACAGAACAAGAGCUGCUCUGACAGCGGUGAUGGCUGUGUGUGCCCAGAUGGGACGGUCCUCCUGAUGGACAGAUGUGUCCCCCCCAAAGACUGCCCCUGCCACCACCAUGGGAAACUCUUCCACACAAAUGAAACCAUCACCAAAGACUGCAACACCUGUGUGUGUAAGAAUCAUCACUGGGAAUGCACCAAUCACCAAUGUGCUGGAAUCUGCAUUGCCACCGGAGACCCCCAUUACAUCACCUUUGAUGGUCGCUCCUUCACCUUCCUGGGGGAUUGUCAAUAUGUUAUGGCUAGAGAGAACGAUGGGCUAUUCAUGGUCACUGCGGAGAACGUGCCGUGCGGCAGCAGCGGAAUCACCUGCACCAAAUCUGUAGUUGUGAUGAUCGGAAACACGAUUGUUCAUCUGCUGAGAGGUCGGGAGGUCACGGUGAACGGGGCAGCCAUCCGACUCCCCAAAAUGUACAGUGGGAAUGGGAUUCUGCUGGAUCAGGCUGGAUUAUUCACCAUCCUCAUCGCACACAUGGGGCUGACCGUUCUGUGGGAUGGAGGUACCCGUGUCUACAUCAAGCUGGACCCUGGCUUCCGUGGCCGCGUCAGUGGACUUUGUGGGAAUUUUGAUGGAGACACAGAGAAUGACUUCACCAGUCGUCAGGGGAUCAUCGAGCCCACGGCAGACCUGUUUGGAAACAGCUGGAGGAUGAGCCCCCUGUGCCCCGAGGUCCACAGCGAUGACUUUGAGCACCCGUGCACGGAGAACAGUCACAGGGUGACCUGGGCCAGGAAGAGCUGUGCCGUCAUCAUGCAGCCGCUGUUUUCUCCGUGCCACCAGGAAGUGCCCUGCCAGCGGUACCAUGACUGGUGUGUGUAUGACGCCUGCGGAUGUGACUCUGGUGGAGACUGCGAGUGUCUGUGCACGGCCAUCGCCACCUAUGUGGAGGAAUGUAAUCAGCGUGGGGUCUACAUCCGCUGGAGGUCACAGGACUUGUGUCCCAUGCAAUGUGACAACGGCCUGGUAUAUGAGGCAUGUGGUCCAGCUUGCCCUCGAACCUGCAGGAACCUAGGUCUAGAUCUUGAGCGUCAUUGUACUCAUCUGUCCUGUGUGGAAGGAUGCUUCUGUCCUCCAGGAAAAGUUCUGCAUGACGGCGGCUGCAUUGACCCCUCAGAAUGCCCAUGUUACUGGGAAGGCUUACCAUUUCCAUCUGGUGCCGCUGUGAAUCAAGGCUGCCACAACUGCACCUGUGAGUCUGGUCGGUGGCAUUGUCCUGAUGAGCCAUGUUCUGCUCCUUCCCGAUGUGGAACUGAUGAAUUUUCCUGCCGAUUCAGUGACCGCUGCAUCCCCACCGCCUGGGUCUGUGAUAAUGAGGAUGAUUGUGGAGAUGGAUCCGAUGAGAUCUGCUCAUUGACUUGUGCCCCACAAGAGCACCGCUGUGCCAAUGGGCAGUGCAUCCUCCUGGUACACCGCUGUGAUGGCAGAGCUGACUGUGUGGAUCACUCCGAUGAAUGGGGCUGUCCCGCUCCCUCCUGUAGUGACAAUGAGUUCCGUUGCUCCAAUGGACGCUGUAUUCCCCUCACGCAUGUCUGCGAUGGGGACCUGGACUGUGGGUUUGCUGAUGACUCUGAUGAAUUGGGUUGCUCCUCUGGCUGCAGCUCUGCUCAUUUUCUUUGCCCUUUGGGUAAGUGCAUUCCCUACAUUCACCGCUGUGAUGGGCACGACGACUGCGGGGACUUCAGCGAUGAGAGGGGCUGCUUCUGUCCAUCCAGUGAGUUUCAGUGUCCAGAGGGGAUGUGUCUGUCCAAGGAGAAGGUGUGUGAUGGUCUCCGAGACUGCAGCAAUGGAGCAGAUGAGGCUGUAUGCGAAGGGCUCGGGACGUGUUCUCCAGGGUUCUGGGUUUGUGGAGAUGGAUCCUGCAUCAGACGAGACAAGUUGUGUGAUGGAAAAUAUGACUGCAGUGAUGCAUCCGAUGAGGAUCCAGCCCAGUGUAGCUCUCUGCCACCAGAGAAUACACGGAUAACUCCACCAGGACCCACAGAUCACACGGGACCAGGCAGUCGCUGCAGCCCAUACGAGUUCCAGUGUGGCAGCGGUGAGUGCAGACCCCGGGGCUGGCGGUGUGACAGCGAGGUGGACUGCAUGGACGCCAGCGAUGAGCAUGACUGCAACAGAACCUGUGACCUGGACCACUUCAAAUGCACGCUGAGCGGGGAGUGCGUCAGCUACGGCCAGCUGUGUGAUGGCGUUCCCCACUGCCAUGACCAAUCAGAUGAAAGCAUGGACAACUGCGGUUCUGCUCAGAUCCCACCCUGUCCAGGGCACUUUAUCUGCACCAACCGGAUGUGUGUGAACAUCUCUCGGGUCUGUGACGGCUCUCCGGACUGUCCUCAGGGGGAAGACGAGAGGACAUGUGAGAAGAGUCUGUUGACCACGGCUUCCACCAACCAAACGUCUCCAGCCAGCUGCCCAGAAUACAUGUGCCCGGACGGCCGCUGUCUGAUGUUUACACAGGUCUGUAAUGGGGUCCCUGACUGUGAGGAUGAAUCUCUGGGCUCCGUGGCCUCUGAUGAGAAGAAAUGUGGGUUCUGGAGUCCAUGGGGCUCAUGGAGCGAUUGUAGCCAAUCUUGCGGGACCGGUAGACAGCACCGACGCCGCAUCUGCACCAACCCCUCCAGAGACAUCCUGAGAGUGUGCCGGGGAGAGGAGAUCGAGGCGCAGCAGUGCUUCUCUGUGUCCUGCCCAGUUGAUGGCUCUUGGACUCCAUGGACGACAUGGUCAAACUGUACCCAGGACUGCACUGGGGUGGUGAUUCGGCGCAGGGAGUGUACGCCUCCACAGAACCGUGGGCGCCAUUGUUCUGAUCUUCCGGAAUCCUCAGCAUUAUCUCUGGAGAUUGAUACAUGUCACCGGGACGGCUGCCCCCGGCCUCCAUCUUGUCCUCCUGACCUUGAGUACAGAACCUGCGCCCCAUGUCCGAUGACCUGCUCUGACCUGACCAGUAACAGGGUCUGCCCGAAUGACGCGCCAUGUGUCUCUGGAUGCCGCUGUCCGGACGGGGAUUUGCUAGACGACAUGAAUCACUGUGUACGGCCAGCGGAGUGUCCAUGUGAGGUGGACGGCGUCACAUACUGGCCAGGGCAGCUGGUCAAAGCAAACUGCCAGAUCUGCACCUGUCAGGACGGUGAAAUGAAGCAGUGCCGGCAAAACCCCGAGUGUAACGUGCACUGCGGCUGGUCCACCUGGUCCCCCUGGGGGGAAUGUUUGGGUCCAUGUGGGGUGCAGAGUAUACAGUGGUCUUUUCGCAGUCCUAACAACCCCAGCAAGCACGGUAACGGGAAGCAGUGUCGGGGAAUCUACCGCAAGGCACGCAGGUGUCAGACUGCUCCGUGUGAAGCCUGUACUCAUCAUGGGAGGACACACAACAUCGGAGAGCGCUGGAAGUCUGGGGAGUGCCACGUGUGCCAAUGUCUGCCCAAUCUCACCAUCCAGUGCUCCCACUUCUGCCAGUUUAGUAAUCCAGGCUGCCCCGAGGGUCAGGUUCUGGUCCAGGGAUCUGGGGACACUUGUUGCUUCUGUUCAGCUACUAAUGGAACUGAAACCACCAACCCAAGUCCUACAGCUCUGCCCAGCACUCCUCUCCCAGCUCUGGUAACCUACCCCACACCGCCAGCUGGAGGUGAUUGUUACACGCCCCUGAGGAUCUCGCUUCUACCUCACAGCAGCUUCACUGCCUCCUCACAAGUCACUGAGCACCCGGCGUACACAGCCCCACUCAACCACGUCUCUCUGGGUAUGGAGCUCCAAGGAUGGAGCCCCCAGGAUGAUGACUACCCCACUCCUCCAUCCAGAUCACCUUAUCUCCAGAUUGACCUGCAGAGGCUGUGGAACAUUACUGGGAUUGUCACACAAGGUGCUGGAUCCUCCGAUUUCUUUGUCACUCGUUUUGAAGUCAAAUUCAGUUUGGACAAGAAGAUCUGGUACAACUACACCGAGACAGAGAGCGACCGCGAGCAGAAGACCAAGAUUUUCCAGGGUAACUUUGAUGACUCCACACCGGUGGCCACGAGCUUUGAGGCGGUGAUUGCGGCUCAGUACAUCCGCAUCCUCCCCCAGGAUUAUCAUGGCCGAAUAUUCCUUCGCCUGGAGCUGCUGGGCUGCGGAGAAGGUAAGAUGCCUAGACCACUAUGUAACCCCCGUGUAAGCCCUGGUCACAUGAAGGGGUUUACCUUCUAUAGGGGUUGUAAGGCGGGACAGUUCCAGUGUCACAAUGGCCGCUGUGUCCCGGCCGGACCGCACGGCGUUGUCUGUGAUGGCGUCAAUGACUGUGGAGACCGAUCGGACGAGAUUUACUGUGGCACCGCUCCGUCCCCUCUAUCUCCAGCCAAGUGGGGCUGCCAUCGCUCCCAGUUUUACUGUAAAACCUCCGGCAGCUGCAUCGAGGGGGCUCAGCGCUGUGACGGCCACCAGGACUGCUCGGACGGGGCGGACGAGGUCGGAUGUGUCUCCUGGACUCCUAGCACACCAUGGAGGGUCAAUACAUCUGGAGCGGAGACUCCUUCCUGGACCAAGGGUCCCACCCAACCACGUGGACCAGGGUCAGUCGACAAAGGAGAGGGACCAUCAGGAACGGAUCAGUCCGGGGUUCCCGGAGGAGAGAUAUCAACUCCACCUGGUCCAUGUGAGGCUCCUCUGGGUUUGGAAGAUGGCCGGAUCCAUUACAAGCAGCUGAGCGCGUCCUCUUACAAGGAGAAUAACCCACCAGAUGCCGGACGGCUGAACAUUGUGCCUAACAUCCUGAACAUUGUCCCUGGCUGGAGUCCUCUAGAUUCGGACAAACAUCCCUUCUUCCAGGUGGACUUCCUGCAGCCCACCUUCAUCUCCGCCGUCAUCACUCAGGGCGGCCGCCAGUCAGGGGGUUACGUCACCAAAUAUCGCCUGAUGUACAGCAUUGAUGGGAAUGUAUUCCACAACUACUCCCAGCAGAACCCUCAGCUAUUUGACGCCAACUCUGACAGUAACACGGUGGUGAGGCGGGAGCUGCGUGGCAUCUUACUGACGCGUUUCCUUCGUGUUCUGCCUAUGGAGUAUCACAAGGCCAUCUACCUGCGCAGUGAGAUCAUCGGAUGCUCUCAUGAGCCCACAGAACCCCCGGUCACCAGGAGCUCCGGCACAGUCAUAUUUAGCCUCCCUGGAGAAGUGAAGCCAACUCACUGCAAGCCGGGGGAAUUCGAGUGUCGCAGCGGUGAGUGUGUGAACGCUUCGAGAUCCAUGUGUGAUGGGAAGGCUGACUGCCGAGACUUCUCCGAUGAGGAAGGAUGCGGUGUUGUUUCACCGGCGUUGGAGACCACCCUGCCUGAAUUACCCACCUCACUUACGGACCUUUCAGCCUCUCCUGAGAGUGAGCAACCACCAGGCUCUCCAUUCCCUGGAUACUCUGGAGAACCCGGAAUAUAUUAUCAGUCUCAGCCAACCGGACGUCCUGGUAUAAUCAGUGCAAAGCCCGAGCAGAGGAUGACCCUAGCUGGGACUGAUACAGCUCAACCUGGCCUACAGGAAGAACAUCACGCCAGUGGAAAACCUGGAAUCAGAGUCCCAGAAGGUCCUGAGCAAACACUGGAAUCUGCCUCCAGGAGUCCAAAACAUUCCCUGGUGUCACCUGGUUCUAUGGGACCUACUGGAACGAUUCCUCCACAAGCAGUGACUACAGAUAGACCAACCAGUAUUGCAAUGAUGGCUGCAGUCACAUUUACAAGAGGGGCCAUAUCCGGAGCUCCUGGUCUUCGCCCCAAUGAAUUCCAAAUCGGCACUCCUGGACUGGCCACUCCUUUUGCUGGUAAGGACACAACGACAUUGGACACAAAUGUAGAUGACGGUUCCUCACACACAAGUUUUCCAGGAUUGAAUAUAGACCCAGGAGUGACAGGAUGGAGACAGUUUCUAACGAGACCUCCUGGACCUGGUGAAGAUAUUUUAUAUCACACCACAUCACAUGGCGGUGACAGUGUAACUUAUCCUCCAUCCGGGGUAAGGACCGACCACCUGGGUCUACCCGUGGAGAGCUUAAGUCUUACAGCACAAACGCAGGGUAGGUCCGGUGGCCAAAUAACCAAAGAACCACCAACUGGGAUCCCUGAAUUAGCUUCUAGACAAAGCGUUGGAGAAAGGUCUUCAUCAAGUCAAGGCUGGUCCUCAAAAUACGGCCAGUCAGGUCCUACAGCUUCUCCCUUGUCAUUUACUGAGGUGGAGACCCUUACCUCUACACUGAGAACGGCAUCUAGAGGCAGUGAGGAUUCAGGGCUCAGGCCCGAUGUCUUUGUUGUUCCGGAUGGACAUCAUUCUAGCUUGAAGCCUGGUUCUGGUACAGUCCUUAUUUGGAAGGAGCCCAUUGAGGUUCCACCAGAAGGUGGCCCUGAUGAGGGGGGCCGUGGAGGACAUCAUGUUGUUCAUACUAGCACUUUACCCGUGGACCUGUUCACUGACACCCCCAGAACCCUCUGUAAUUUGGGUCAGUUCACUUGCUCCAUCUAUGGCUGUAUAAGUGGAACUAAAGUGUGUGAUGGACACAAGGACUGCGUUGAUGGCUCUGAUGAGCGACUUUGUGGUGGGUGAACUUUUGUGACCUCUACUCCUACACCCUCAUGGUAUGUCCCCACCCCGGGACCAGAGGUGUGCUCUACCAGACAGUUCAAUUGUGGUUCAGGAGAAUGUAUCUCCAUGGAGAGGCAGUGUGACCUCCAUAGUGACUGUGCUGAUGGCUCCGAUGAAAACAACUGUGCGGACUGUAUCCUGUCUCCGUGGACAUCAUGGAGUGACUGCAGCCGUUCCUGUGGGCUGGGGGUAAUGUUCCAGCGCAGGGAUGUGAUCAGGGAGCGUCUGCCAGGAGGACAUUGUGCUGGAGCCCAGUUUCACAGUAAAAGCUGCUUUGUGAAGGCUUGCCCAGUGAACGGGGCCUGGUCUCACUGGGGAGACUGGUCUGUCUGUGAUGCCGAGUGUCAAGGAGGAACCCGUACUAGAAGAAGGAUGUGUGAAGACCCUCCACCCAAAAAUGGGGGUCUCCCGUGUGGCGGGGAGGCAGUGCAGACUGAGUCCUGUAACUUACAGCCCUGCGGAGACUCAGACGACUGUGGACCUGAGAUGAUUUAUCUUCGCUCUGGAGAUUGUGAAUCCCCCCGGACGGAGCCGUGCCCCCUGACCUGCCGCGGCCUGAACAGCGAGACCCUGUGUGACAGCGACUGUAUGGAAGGUUGUCGCUGCCCCCGGGGUCUCUACCUCCAGGACGGCCGCUGUGUGAAUAUCAGUCAGUGCCGCUGUAGUAUGGAGCACGUAUCUCAGCUUCCAGGCCUGAUGUCCAGUGAAAAUGGCUGCAGUGUAUGUCACUGUCAGGAUGGGAAGGUGACAUGUGACAGCUCGGCCUGCGCUGUGGACUGCGGGUGGUCUGCGUGGUCUCAGUGGACCCCAUGUGAUCAGACGUGUGGGAGCGGAGUACAGGAGAGAUUCAGGUCUCCGUCUAACCCUCCUAGCGUCAAUGGCGGUACACCUUGCCACGAGGACACCCGGGAGGUGCGAGAGUGCUACACCCCCUGCACCAACGACACGGAUCAGUCCUGGAGUGAGUGGACGCCGUGGACCUCCUGCUCCAGGACCUGCUUCUAUGACGUGGAAAGUACAGGACUGCGGAGACGGUUUCGGCACUGUGCCGCCUCAGCGUCGCUCUGCGUGGGAGAGUCCGUGCAGGAGGAGGCGUGUGACAUAUCACCCUGCCCCGUGGUCGGUGGCUGGUCUUCUUGGAGCUCCUGGACUGAAUGUACAGCGACCUGUGACUCUGGAAUCCAAACCCGCAACCGCUCCUGCUCCAAGCCUCCACCGCUUCACGGGGGCCCGGAGUGCCAGGGGCCCCACGUCCAGACCAGGGAAUGUAACACACAGCCCUGCAGAGACUCGUGUCCUUUGAACAUGGUCUACCAGACGGCGGAGGAGUGUCUCCGAGGGGGAGGAGCCUGUCCGCGGCUCUGUCUUGACCAGGCCGCCUACGUGGAGUGCGCCUCUAGUUGCUACGAGGGCUGCUACUGUCCUGAGGGGCUGUUCCUCCAGAAUACCAGCUGUGUCUCCCGCAGUGAGUGUUUCUGCUACCACCAGGGGGAGCUGCUGCGGCCGGGGGAAGACAGGACACUGGACAACUGCAAUAACUGCUCCUGCGUCUCCGGGGAGAUGGUGUGCGGCGCCAAGCCUUGUCCAGUGGACUGUGGCUGGAGCAACUGGACUCCUUGGAAUUCCUGCAGCAGGACUUGUAAUGUGGGGACCAGACGUCGCUACCGUUCCGGGACCAACCCUCCUGCAGCCUUUGGGGGACAGCCUUGUGAGGGCUCCAAUGUCGCCAUAGAAUUUUGCAGUUUGCAGCCUUGUAAAGGUGCUGCUGAAAACUGGGGUCCAUGGUCAGAAUGUUCUGUCCCCUGCGGGGGAGGAUACAGGAAUCGCAGCCGGGUCAGCAUUGUCCUUCGUAGGAUCGAGUUCUCCACCUGUAACCUGAGCCCAUGUUCUGGUGAAGAGCCUGAAAUCUGUGCAGAUGAUAAAGUCUGGAAGGAGUGUGCUGAGGGCCCUUCGUCCUGUGCUGACCUGGGCAGUUUAAGUCUCAGCGGAACAUGUCAGCCAGGCUGUUACUGCCGGGACGGGAAGGUCUUACUGAACAAUCACUGCGUCCCCCCAUCUGACUGCCCCUGCACUGAGGAUGGAGUCUGGUAUGAACCUGGAGACCCUGUGAAGAGAGACUGCAAUAACUGCACCUGUCUGUCAGGCCGGAUCAGCAACUGCUCGGAGGUGACUUGUGACGUUGUAGACGGCAGCUGGUCUCUGUGGACACCCUGGAGUGAGUGUUCUGCAUCAUGCAGGGGGGGCUUCCAAAACCGUUACCGCUUCUGCACUGAGCCGUCUCCUUCUGGAGGUGGGUUACCCUGUGAAGGUCCGGACCGUGAGGAGCAGCCCUGCAGUCUGGAGCCCUGUCCUGAAUCUGGGAAUUGGAGUGUGUGGAGCAGCUGGACGGACUGUACCAAGACGUGUGGAGAAGGGGUGAGAUUACGCAGUCGAACCUGCAGCAACCCAUCGCCCCUCGGAAAUGGGGAUUACUGUGAAGGGCUGAGUACUGAGAUGGAGCCCUGCCAAGAAGUACCAUGCCCAGAGUCGGUUUCUCCCGAAUUAAACUGCUCAGCUAUCUCAGGCUCCAUGUAUAGCAUGUGCAGUCCCGCCUGUCCCAGGUCAUGUGAUGAUGUAAUGUUUCAAUGCUCCGAGCACUGCCUGCCAGGCUGUCAUUGCCCCCCUGGGAAGAUGCUGGCUCAUAAUGGCUCCUUAUGUGUGGAGCUGGAGGACUGCACCUGCCUAGAUAUUCUGACCGGCAGGAGACACCAACCAGGGGCGACUGUAGCCAAGGGGGAUGGGUGUAAUAACUGCACCUGUGUGAACGGCGCAAUGAAGUGUACCAGUGCGGUCUGUGCUGUGGCCGGCAGCUGGUGUGUAUGGUCAGCCUGGACCCCUUGCUCCAGGACAUGCGGUACUGAGGUGGUGACACGAUACCGGAGCUGUGCUUGUCCCAGACCGCGAGGUGGUGGAGAGGAAUGUGAGGAUGUCCAGCAGUACUAUGGUGACACUGGGGUGCAGCUGGAGCACAGGGAGUGCCCACACCCAUCCUUCUGUCCAGUCAAUGGGAACUGGGGUCCAUGGAGUCCGUGGUCAUAUUGUGACGCCUGUUCAGGAGAUGCUGUGAGGACCAGGCAGUGUAAUAACCCACCAGCACGGUUUGGGGGUUCACCAUGUAUGGGGGAGUCCAGGCAGAGCCAGGCCUGCCGAGACAACAGCACCCAGUGCUCAGAAUGUGGCAGAGCCCAGGUGGACUUCACCUGUGGUAAACCCUGCCCCCGAUCCUGUGACGAUCUUCAUGGAGACAGUGGAUGUUUGGACAGCGAGGAGUGCCAGCCAUCAUGUGGGUGUCCAGAGGGGCAGCUCAUGCAGGAUGGGGAGUGUGUGGCCCCCAAUGACUGCAGAUGCAAAUAUCAGAACCUCACUCUAAGAUCAUUGGACUCUGGUUCUGGUUCUGCCUGGUCUGGUCCCAUCCUUUGGGAAUAUGCGCAGCCUGGAGAAGUAGUGCUUAGUCCGUGUCAGAACUGCACCUGCUCCAGUGGAAUCCUACUCUGUACACCAGACCCCCAGUGUCGUCUGGACGGUGAGUGGGGAAAGUGGAGCUCCUGGACCUCAUGUUCUGCAACCUGUGGAGGAGGAGUCCAGACUCGGUCAAGAGUGUGUGAAAGUCCUGCCCCCCAGAAUGGUGGUCAUGAUUGUGUGGGGGACUAUGAUCAGAAGAGACAUUGCUGGGGCCCCAGCUGUCCAGAGCUGGAUCCAUGGAGCGAGUGGUCCUCGUGGUCACCCUGCAGCAUGACCUGUGGGGGAGGAGAGCAGAUCCGGGUCCGGGAGUGUCAGCACCUGGAAUGUGAAGGAAAAGCCAUCCAGAGCCGGAUGUGUAACAACCAAGUGUGUCUAGAUAUCGGCUGUCCCGUGGACCGUCUCUACCGAGAGUGUGGGAAGGAUGACAGCUGUCCAUACAGUUGUGCUCACCUCGCCCAGCAGGUGGAAUGCUUUCCAGAUGACUGUGAGGAGGGAUGUCACUGCCCGCUGGGCACCUACUUCCAUAAUGGCUCCUGUGUCACGGACUGUCCUUGUCUGGUGACAGAGGAUGUUCUCCAUGGACUGAGGAGUCACAUAUCUGGCCACCUGAAAAUCCAGCAAGGAGCAACACCAAGAGCAGGAGACGAGCUGAUGCCAGGAGCAAAGGUUCACCUGGGCUGCAGCUCAUGCACGUGUGUGAACGGCCACAUGAACUGCACGUUUUCUGCUUGUCCUGUGGACAGAGGCUUCACCCAGUGGACGCCCUGGAGCCCCUGCUCAGUGACCUGUGGAGGCCUAGGUAACAUGACACGAUCACGUGACUGCACCAACCCUGCGCCAGCCAAUGGAGGGGGAGAGUGUGAGGGACCUGAUGUGGACAUAAAGUACUGUCAGACAGCAGAGUGCGGAGAUGUAACCGAACCAACCACGGAGACGCCCACGGAAGCCACAGGCUCGGCGGAGGAGCUUAGUCCCUGGUCACAGUGGACACCAUGUUCUAAGAGCUGCUCAGACGUCAGGUAUCCUGCAGUGAAGACGCGCUCCCGGUUCUGCCCUAGUGGAAAGAAUUGUACAGGAGAGUCCUUCCAGGAGGCCGUGUGUAACCUACCCCAAUGUACCAACUCUCAUCUGUGUGACUCAGGCGACUGUAGGGACAGAAACUGUUCAUGGAACCCAUGGUCAGAGUGGAGCGAGUGUUCUCGGUCUUGUGGUGUUGGGCAGCAAAAACGUCUCCGCACAUACAACCCCCCUGGUGACAGAGGCCUAUGGUGUGAGGACAUCCUGACCGGACAUAUGGAGCGCCGCUUCUGUAACCUGCAGGCCUGUACAGUAAAUGGCAGCUGGUCCAAGUGGAGCCCGUGGUCUUGGUGUGACCGUUCGUGUGGUGGAGGGAGGUCAGUGAGGAGCAGGACCUGCACCAGCCCGCCCCCAAAAAAUGGAGGAAAGGAGUGCGUGGGUGAGAAGUACCAAGUGCGGGUCUGCAAUCCAAGGCCUUGUGAGGACGGUUGCCCCUCAGGUAUGGAACAGGUUGGAUGCGCUAAUCGUUGUCCUCGGCGUUGUGCAGACCUUCAGCAGGGGAUUGUGUGCCUGGACGCAGAGGUGUGCGAGCCGGGGUGUCGCUGCCCCUCAGGGUCACUGCAGCAGGACGGACACUGUGUCCCCAUCGCUCAGUGCGACUGCACCGACAGCCACGGCCAGAGCUGGACCCCCCAGAGCGCCCUCCGGGAUGACUGCAAUAACUGCACCUGCAUCCACGGCCAACUUCAGUGCAGCAAGGACCGCUGCCCCCGCCCGGACUGCACAUGGAGUCAGUGGUCUGCCUGGUCCCAGUGCUCCUCCACCUGUGGAACUGGCCACAAGACACGCUUCAGGUCUCCCAUACCAGAGUCAGGCAGGAGUCAGUGUCCAUCUCCAGAGCAGCAAUCUCGCCCAUGUUACCUGGAGAUGUGCCCUACCCUGUGCCCACACAAUGGCUCCGAGUGGAGUUUGGGUGACAUGUGGCUGGCGGGGGAGUGUCAGCAGUGCAUCUGCACCCCGGAGGGCAAUUACUGCCAGGACAUUGAGUGCAGGGUUAAUGGCAACUGGACUCCGUGGUCUUCGUGGUCAGAAUGUCCUGUCACUUGUGGGUCCAGUGUUCAGAUCCGGAGCAGGGCCUGUAUCAACCCUCCCCCACGGAACAAUGGCUCAUCCUGCGAGGGCACAGACACAGAGAGACGGGACUGUACCAACAAGCCAUGUGAGGGCAGUGGACCCUGUGGGUGGACGGACUGGAGUAUCUGCUCCCGCAGCUGUGGUACCGGCCUCCACAGUCGAACAUGGCGUUGUGGUUGUCCAAACACAGAGACACCAGAUGGACAGUGUGACAGCCGAGAGAUGGUGCAGACCGAGGCGUGUUACCUGCAGCCAUGUGAAGGGAUCUGCUCCUGGGGUCCGUGGUCUGGCUGCUCUUGUCACUCGUUAGUUCAGCAGCGGUACCGGGAGCCCGUGGGCCCUGUUUUUGAUGAUGACACAUGUGAUAUGCCGAGAACUGAAGUUCGGCCAUGUAACACGUCUCUGUGCUCCGCAUCCAGCUGUUCUCCCCCAUUUAUAUUCAACACGUGUGGAUCUCCCUGUGGCAGUCUAUGUUCCUCUAAACUCCAGACAGAUGGGUGUCAGGACUUACCCACGUGCCAACCAGGCUGUUACUGCCCCCCGGGGCUGUUGGAGCAGGACGGUGCAUGUGUCCGCCCCGCAGACUGCGGCUGUCUCUACAUCUCUCAGUCACAGACGACUUAUCUGAGCCCAGGGCAAACCGUGCAGGACGGGUGCAGGGAAUGCACCUGCCAGCAGGGGGAGCUGAAGUGUCACAGGAAUAGCUGCUGGGGUGAAGCCGCCCUCAGUGAGUGGUCUGAGUGGUCCCCGUGCAGCCCCUGCCUCCCAUCACCUCACAAUGACACCGGGGUCUGGGCCUUCUUCUCAGUCCAGCAGAGACAUCGCUUGUGCCUCAAUGUUCAGACUGGAUUCCCAUGGAUCGGAGAUUUCCCUCAGUGUUCAGGGGAGAUGAUGCAGGAAAGACUGUGCCCCGAUGACCACAUCUGCAAUGAUCUCUGUGUCUGGAGUCCAUGGGGAGAAUGGAGUCCCUGCCGGGAGCCCUGCAGCGGCGGCUUCCGCUCACGAUGGCGUCAUGUCCACCAUCCUGUAGACAACAAACUGUGCCAGGGUCCCAGGUUCCAGUCUGAGAGCUGUAACACGGCAGCCUGCCCAGGGGAGAAUUGUGAGGAUCGUGGGAAGGCUUUCAAGAAUGUGUGUGCCAACCAGUGUCCGCGCGCUUGUGCUGACCUAUGGGAUCAUGUGGAGUGUCUACAGGGCCAGUGCCGCACAGGUUGUCGCUGUCCAGAAGGCUGGCUCCUGCAGGAUAAGAAGUGUGUACCAAUCAUGGACUGUCGCUGUGGGCUGCCCACCUCUAACGCCACUGUGGAGUAUGAGCCAGGAGACACCGUGCGCAUUGGCUGUAAUAACUGCACCUGUGUGAAUGGGACCUUCUCUUGCACUGACUUGCUGUGCCCUGUGUAUGGACCCUGGUCUGACUGGAGCUCCUGCUCCGUUACAUGUGGCAGCGGCCACCGGUGGAGGAACCGUACCUGUACAGAAGGAGGUCCGGGUGGAGUCACCUGUGGUAGUGAGACCCACGAGGUGGAGGAAUGUAACACCUCAGUGUGUCCAGUGGACUGUGUGCUCAGCGACUGGUCGGAGUGGAGUGAGUGCAGCAUCAGCUGUGGUGGAGGGAUAUCGGAGAGGAACAGGACCAUCCUGGUAUCUGCGGAUCCUGGCGGACGACUGUGCCCUGCACCUCUGACCCUACGCCGCACUUGUAACUCCCACAACUGCACCCCAGAUUGUCCUGGGGAUCAGGUCUUCAGCGCCUGCGCCAGUUCCUGCCCCCGCGCCUGCGCUGACCUCCGGCCGGAGUCCCUGUGUGUCAGUGAGGCCUGUGAGCCGGGCUGCUCUUGUCCCCCAGGAAAGGUUUUGCAGGGUGACCAGUGUGUGGCCCCAGAGGAAUGCCCCUGUGUCCUCCCCUCGGUGUCCGACCUCCACUGGACGGAGAAUCUCACCCUGGAAGAAAGAGCAAGAGAAUUCCCAACGGGCACAACUGUGCAUUACCAGUGCAAUAACUGCACUUGUCACACUGGAAGCUUUGUCUGCUCCUCUCAGGACUGUGACGUGGACUGUCAGUGGUCGCAGUGGUCGGCCUGGAGUUUAUGUUCUGUCACUUGUGGAAUUGGAGUCCAAACCUCCCAGCGACAGCAGAUACGUCCGCGGCUGUACGACGGCGAGGAAUGUGCCGGACCCCCGACCCGGCAGAGAACGUGUGAGCUCCCCGACUGCAGUUGUCCUCCUGGGGAGCGGUGGAGGCGGACGCUCCCGGGUGAAGACUUCUGUGAACGGACUUGUCAGCAGGUUUAUGAAGAGCGGGGCCGGAGCUGCAGUGCGGGGGCCCCGGGCGGCUGUGUGUGUGAGGCAGGAAGGUACCGCAGCAGCAGCGGGAUGUGUGUCAGAGCAGAAGACUGCGAGUGCAAGCAUGGACAACAGGUGUACCCGCCCGGAGCGGACUGGCAGGACGGGUGUCAGAUAUGUCGCUGUGUAAAUGGGAUCGGAGUCUGCGCUGCGCAGUGUCCACCGCCCCACUGUGCCGAGGGAGAAGAGACGGUGCAGGAGCCCGGAGAAUGCUGUCCUGUGUGUCGGAGGCAGAUACCAGAUGGACCCACAGUCUGCAAACUUCACACUGAAACCAGGAACAUCACCAAGGGCAGCUGCUACCUGGAGAAUGUGGAGGUCAGCUUCUGUCGUGGCCACUGCGCCUCCUGGACCAAUGUUCUGGCAGAGGAGCCGUAUCUCCAGACGGUGUGUGACUGCUGCAGCUAUAGACUGGACCCCGAGAGUCCAGUAAAGAUCCUGAACCUCCAGUGUGAGGACGGCCAGGAGGAGCCGGUGGUUCUCCCAGUGAUUCACAGCUGUGAGUGCACCGCCUGUCAGGGUGGAGACUUCUCCAAACGCUGAUCCCUCCACCUCUUAACCAUCUCCACUGAUCCCUCCACCUCUGAUCCUCCCCGCUGAUCCCUCCACCUCUGAUCCUCCCCACUGAUCCCUCCACCUCUGAUCCGUCCCCCUCUGAUCCCUCCAUCUAUGAUCCUCCCCCGCUGAUCCCUCCACCUCUGAUCCUUCCCCGCUGAUCCCUCCACCUCUGAUCCCUCCACCUCUGAUCCUUCCCCGCUGAUCCCUCCACCUCUGAUCCCUCCAUCUAUGAUCCUCCCCGGCUGAUCCCUCCCCACUGAUCCUUUCCCGCUGAUCCCUUCACCUCUGAUCCUCCCCACUGAUCCCUCCACCUCUGAUCCUUCCCCGCUGAUCCCUCCACCUCUGAUCCCUCCACCUCUGAUCCUUCCCCUCUGAUCCCUCCACCUAUGAUCCUCCCCCGCUGAUCCCUCCAUCUCUGAUCCUUCCCCGCUGAUCCCUCCACCUCUGAUCCCUCCAUCUAUGAUCCUCCCACGCUGACCCCUGGUGCCUGGUUCUACCUUAGAUGUUUUGCUAUCUGGUGACAAUAAAGUCUCG